AUGAAUUGGGCCAUGAUAGUACUAGUUAAAAAUCCCAAAGCAAUGAAGAAAGUUCAGGAAGAGAUCAGAAGCUAUGUAGGCUCAAAAGGAAAGGUAGAGGAACCGGACCUUGAUAAUUUCCUAUACUUGAAAAUGGUAGUUAAAGAGACUAUGAGGUUGCAUCCAAUAGCUUCAUUCCUUUUAAGAGAAACCAUGAAACACAGCAAAAUUGGUUGUUUCGACAUAUAUCCCAAGACAUGGGUGUUAAUAAAUACAUGGGUGAUGGGAAGAAAUCCAGAGUAUUGGGAAAAUCCAGAAGAAUUCUUGCCAGAGAGGUUUAAAGACAGCUCCAUUGAUUUUGGUGGAGAUCAAAGUUUUGAAUACACGCCUUUUGGAGGAGGUCGAAGAGUUUGCCCUGCAAUCAAUAUGUCAAUUGUGUUUGUAGAGUUUGUCCUUGCCAAUGUAUUGUGUACUUUCAAUUGGGAAUUGCCAGAAGGAUUGACAAGCGAAGACUUAAACAAGGAGGAGUUUGCAGGCCUAGGGAGUAGAUAUCCACUUGAACUUGUACCCAUCAAGCAUGUGGUUAGGAAAUCUAUUUAA